AAUUCCACUCAGUCGUCCCAAAAAAAGGAAACCCAAAGGAAAGACUCCCUUAGGGGCUCUGAAUUCAGGCUGCUGGGUCUUUUCUUGUGCUUUUUAGAUGGCAUUGUGCAAGCAGCGGUUCGUCGGCAGUCUGAGAGCAGCGAGCCCCUGACUCCCGAACCUUCUGAUGCCCCUCCUCAGAGGAAACGCAAGAAGAAGAAAGUACCUACUGAUUCUGAGACCUCUUUUACCCAGAAAAAUGUGGCAUCCCUAUUUCAGAAUGGAAAUGGCAUGGAUGUCCCUGAAGCCGAAGAAACGGUGAUCCGCAAGCAGAGAAAAAGAACAAAGAAGCCCCGGCCAGCCGAAGUGAGCUCCAAUGAGCUGGAAGUGGAGGAGGAAGACAUCAUUGAAGAUGAGCACAGGAAGAGCCCAGAUCAGCAGCCUGUGUUUGCUGCUCCCACUGGAAUUAGUCAGCCUGUUAGCAAAGUGUUUGUUGAAAAAAAUCGGCGUUUUCAGGCAGCUGAUCGUGCAGAAUUGAUUAAAACGACUGAAAAUAUCAAUGUUCUUAUGGAUGUGAAGGCUUCAUGGACUACUAGAGAUGUUGCCCUCUCAGUGCACCGAAGUUUCAGGGUGUUGGGCCUCUUCACCCAUGGCUUCCUUGCCGGUUAUGCUGUAUGGAACAUUGUGGUUAUCUACAUUUUGGCAGGAAAUGAGCUUUCUAUGGUUUCUAACCUGCUUGAGCAGUAUAAGACAAUAGCAUACCCAGCUCAAAGUUUGUUCUACUUUUUGCUGUCUAUCAGUACAGUCUCAGCCUUUGACAGGAUUGAUCUGGCAAAAGUAUCAGUUGCACUGAGGGGCUUUCUUACCCUAGACCCAGCAGCACUAGCUUCUUUCUUGUACUUUGCUGCUCUUAUCUUAUCCUUAAGCCAGCAGAUGACAUGUGACAGAAUCAACCUCUACACGCCACCUUCGGAAAAUGGCAGUGUCUGGACUGCAGGUACAGAGGCAGAAAUUGUUCAUUCAUGGGUUGUGGUGAAUCUUGUAGUGUCUGUUCUAGUUGGGACGAGUUGGAUCUUCUUAAGUUCCCGACCAGAGCUAGACCACAGUGAAGAUUUGAUGUUUCAUUCUGAAAUUGAGGAAUUUCCUCAUGGAGAUGUCAUACCCAGAGUCCAGCCAUAAGUGUGGAACAAGACUCAGCAUAUAUUGUAGCUGUGACUGAUGGCUCAACAUGUUGUGUAUUAUACCUAUGUAUUAUAAUUUUCAUAAAGAAAAAGAUGUA